GUGAACUCUAACAGUAUAGGUCCUACGCGCGUAACACGGACGUAAGCACCUCGAGCAGGAGCCAUGAACAACAGAAGUAUUAUGUUGGUGGUGCUUAUCUGCAUUGUCGCUGGUGUCAUAUGUAAUCCUGUCAGGAGAUCUCCAGACCUUGAAGCUAGACGUAGGAGCGCCAUUGACAGGAGUAUGAUAAGAUUUGGAAGAUCUUACCCGCCGGAACCUUCAGCAAGUGACCUCCGAGAGGCAUUCCAACGUCCAACACGUAAAGGCAAUAGCUUCCUCCGUUUCGGCAGAUCUCAACCGAUCUCAUUCACCACCGACGACCUCAUAUCCUUACUCAGGACCUACGAAGACGAAUAUGAUAGUCCAAUCUCGAAACGAGUUUCCAACUUUGUGAGAUUGGGACGUGACCCGAAAUUCAUACGCCUUGGAAGAUCUACUGAUGAAGAUAAGCCUGGUUACGAACAGGGUUCAGAUUUAGUUGUUAGUGGAUAUCCUCAAAGGAAAAGCAGGGCCAGGGAUCAUUUCAUCAGACUUGGAAGGGACAAUGAAGAGUUGAACAGGGAUAUUGAUCUAGAGGAACCUUCGGAGAGGAAGAAGAGGUCGACCGAUUGUUACGAUUGCGAAUCCUAAUUAUUUCGUAAUACUUUCCAAACCAGACGUGAUCUCUCAAAAUGUUUUCGUGCCAAAGUUUUAACAUUACUACUAAUACCUUAAAUAAAA